AAAGCACUCCCACACUGCGUAGUCUGCGACCGGGUUUUUUUGGGGGGGGAAUCUGGUUGGGUUCCGAAAAAAAGACAAACGCGUAGCGAGUGUAUAUGGAGUUAAAUUUGGACGUUUGCGGGAAAUCAAAGAGAAUCUCGUGGCGGUUUUGUGUUGAAGACCGACCCGCAGCGGACAGUUAAACUUUGGAUGGAGUGUUUUUCUUUAUCCGGCGCGGUCUAAACUCAGCACGGAGCCUCAGAGGGGGAUCGGAAUUCACCGGUGACAAGAAGGGGGGAAAAAAAGGAAAAGAGGAUCCACUCGUUACAUGGAGUUUUAAAAAAAACAAGAUUUCGAAGACGUCGAUGAAAAGCGCCUCCAGGAAGCGACAAUCCCAACUUUCCCCCAAUUAGCUUUAACUUUGAAGAACUAAGCGACCAUGGCGAAGAAGUAUGAUUUCCUUUACAAACUGCUCCUCAUCGGGGACAGCGGAGUGGGCAAAACCUGUCUGAUCAUUCGUUUCGCUGAAGACAAUUUCAACUCCACAUACAUUUCCACCAUCGGCAUCGACUUUAAAGUAAAAACCAUUGAAGUGGAGGGAAAGAAAGUGAAACUACAAGUCUGGGACACAGCCGGACAAGAGAGGUUCAAGACCAUCACGACAGCCUACUACAGAGGAGCCAUGGGCAUUAUCCUGGUGUACGACAUCACAGACGAGAAGUCCUUCGAAAACAUCCAGAACUGGAUGAAGAGCAUCACAGAAAAUGCCUCUGCUGGGGUCAGUCGAAUGUUACUCGGGAAUAAGUGCGACAUUGAAGCAAAGAGGAAAGUUUCUCGGGAGACGGGAGAGAAGUUGGCAAAAGAUCACGGCAUCAGAUUCUUUGAGACCAGCGCAAAGUCCAGCAUCAACGUGGAGGAGUCUUUUCUGUCUUUGGCAAGCGACAUACUUCAGAAAUCCAGCAAGAAACCAGGGCCCACAGGGCGAGAGGUGAAAAUCACAAGCAGUACAGAGAAGAAAUCCUCCAAAUGCGUCCUUCUCUAGAUGUUCACCGGCCAGCACACGUAACGGGGAACCCUGACGGUUCAAGAGCGAGUCACUAUUCCAGCGGAGAUCUUCAGUACAGCAGGUUUUCUGUCGCCAUCUGGUGGGCAUCAUCCAGGUGUUACAACUAUGUUUUUAUACCAAAACUGGUUUUAUUUCCCCUUAAGUGUACUUUGCACCCCCCCCCCCCCAUCGCCUCCCCUCCCGUAUUCCUACUUUGAGCCCCCUGCCUCUUCCACAGUGACAAUGUUGUUAUUGUGAUCAAAUAACUGAGACCGCAUUCCUCUCACCGUGCUCUACAUUAUUAUUUCCAUUCUUUUAUUUGAUGGCUUAACACCACAUUUGAAUCCUUUCAACAGCACAUCUUUGGUUAACCGUUCGCUUUUGCUUGCGUAAACAGACUGUUGGAAAGUCAACAAUUUGUGUAACAUUACAUCAAAAGCUCAGACAAGUUGACAUCCGGUUCUUGCAGAACAAAAGGGUUUAGUGAAUCCUAGAUAUAUUGCAGCAAUUUCUUGUUUGUAUUGUGCUCAUCCUUUCAGGAUUGCUGAAAUACUUAAAUUCUGCAAAAGUUAGUUAAUUCACUCAACAGAAUCUACGGCAACGGAUGCCAUUCAUGAGUUUGUUCAUUUUAGGGUUUACAUGAGAAGUUAAAAAAGCUCAUUGCAAUAAAGAAGUUGAGGAGAGCACAAAGUUGAAUCUGAAGCAAACACUGGUGGUAAACAAGCUUCGUUUUAACAGAUGAAUGGGUUGAGAAUGUGAACAAGAGGAACAGAGAUAAGUACAAUAUGAGAAGAUGAGUGGAGAGAUGAAAGAAUGAUGCAUAAAAGUGACCGGAGGUGAGUGACGCAGCAGUGCUCGCUUUGAAUGGAUUUAGUGGGUCGUGCCUUUAAUCUGACGUGCCUGGUUUGUCUCUUUCUUAUCACGUUUUAGAUCAUUCAAACUUAUUAGAGAUUUUGCUCUGAUCCGGACGGACUUUAUUUUCUGCAUCUGUUUUCUGUGCAUUCCUUUCAAAUUCUGUGUCUUUUCAGAAAUUCCACAAGAUUUUAUAUGUCGACCUGUUCAUUUGCUAAAUAAAAAUGCCAAACAAUUAGUUUGUGUGUGUGUGAAACAA